AUGCUGUUUGUACUUUUGUUCCUUGUAGAUGGAAUUUCAUCAGCUUUCGCUUCGUCAUCAUCCUCAUCUGUUUUAUCAUUGUCAUCGUUUAGAUCUGUAUUAUCAAAUAAUAAUAAUUUAAUAUUAGCUACUGGAUCAGCAUGUCCAUCAAAUCCUGGAAUUGUAUGUAGUCAUGAUUAUUUAUUAGUGGAUGAUCGUAUAUCUAAUGUUUAUGACGGUACAAUUAACAAUAUACCAAUAAUUCGUUUUUGUUUAAUCAAUAAUUCCACAUUGAAAACAAUCGGCACAAAGACAAAAACAAAAUUACCAGAAGUAGAAAUUGUUAUGACCUUGGACAGUCAUGCAUUGUGUUGUAAUCUUAAAUAUUGUGUUACUAUGACACCAAGUCCAUGUUCACAAGGCAAGAAAUCGAAUGAAUCAUUGAGAAAAUCGGAUACAUCUACCAUGAGUACAAAAUCAAAUAAUCCCAUAACUUUACACGGUCGAACACUUGAUUUCCGAAUACGUCGUACACCUACCUACACAUACUGUUUUACGUAAUCAAAAUGUAAAUAUGAUUCGUUCUCCUGUAUCAACAAUUUAUAGUCAUUCAAAUGGAAAAUCAUCUAAAUCAAAUGAUACAACUGUAAUAAUAACAACAAUCUUAACGGCAAACAAAAAGAAAAAAGAAAGAAAGAAAGAGAGAGAAGCACAACAUUGAUUCAUCAUAUUCAUACAUCUUUUCAAUUGUAUUGUACAUAUCAUCAAUUUUAUGUUUGAUAUCAAUCAUUUUAAUAUUGUGUAAUUAUUGUAUUAUAUUCUCAUGGCAAAAGUGUAUACAGAUCAAUAUUGUGUUAACAAAUUGUUUCUUUCUUUCUUUCUUUCUAUUCAUAAUUUCAGUGAAUUUCUUUUAUUUCUAUUUUGUUUAUUUUCUUUUCUAUGUUUUAUACAACAAUUUCGAAUGAUGAUUGUAUUUCCCUUAUUCCAACCUUCAUUUAAUUUUGUUUACCGGCAACGAACUCAUCCACGUUAACGGUUAAAUGUGACGUAGAAUAAAGAAGACAAUACUUAGUGUUGUAA